AUGUACAGUUUCAUGGGCGGAGGUCUCUUCUGUGCCUUCAUGGGGAAUGUCCUCUUGGUGGUGUCCACAGCAACCGAUUACUGGAUGCAGUACCGUCUGUCAGGGAGUUUUGCCCACCAGGGCCUCUGGAGAUACUGUAUCGCAAACAAGUGUUACAUGCAGACUGACAGCAUCGCUUACUGGAAUGCUACCAGAGCCUUCAUGAUCCUGUCUGCGAUGUCCUGUUUCGCUGGUUUGAUCGCAGGAGCUCUCGCUUUCGCUCACUUUUCCUUCUUCGAGAGGUUUAACCGCACCUUCGCUGCCGGAGUCCUGUUUUUCAUUUCCACGUUCAUGGUGUUGCUGGCGAUGGCUGUCUACACUGGCGUAACAGUGAACUUCCUGGGCAAACGGUUUGGUGACUGGCGCUUCUCCUGGUCCUACAUCCUGGGCUGGGUGGCAAUGCUUCUGACCUUCUUUGCAGGAAUCUUCUACAUGUGUGCGUACCGGAUGAGUGAAUGUCGGAGAAUGUCUGGAUCGCGCUAG